UCGCCAGUACCAGAUCCUGUACAAGCAUGGCUGCGUCCAAAAGAAAACGUGGAGGAGAGGGAGCUGUUAACAAAAAGGCUAAAAAGGGUAAAUUUGUUGUAGGCGAAGGCAAAGCUAAGGUUGAAACCGAACAGGAGACAAAAAAUGAAGUUACAGUUCCAGCACCGGUUUCUAUGGGCAAAUGGACCAACAAGGAAAGAGUCCUUAUCUUCUCUUCAAGAGGAAUCAACUUCAGAACAAGACACCUGAUGCAGGACCUGAGGACCAUGAUGCCUCAUUCAAAAGCAGAUACAAAAAUGGACCGGAAGGACAAGCUGUUUGUUGUCAACGAGGUGUGUGAAAUCAAGAAUUGCAACAAGUGUCUCUUUUUUGAGGCAAAGAAGAAGCAGGACCUCUAUAUGUGGAUCUCCAACUGCCCACAUGGACCUUCUGCAAAGUUUCUGGUUCAGAACAUUCAUACACUGGCUGAGCUGAAAAUGACGGGAAACUGCCUGAAAGGAUCCAGACCCCUGCUCUCGUUUGAUCCAAAAUUUGACAAAGAGCCUCACUACGCUUUACUGAAGGAGCUCUUCAUCCAGACGUUUUCCACUCCACACUACCAUCCUAAGAGCCAGCCCUUUGUGGACCACGUCUACACGUUCUCCAUCGCAGACAACAGAAUAUGGUUUAGAAACUACCAGAUCAUUGAGGAGGACGCCUCUCUGGUGGAGAUCGGCCCACGGUUUGUUCUAAACCUCAUCAAGAUCUUCCAGGGAAGCUUCGGAGGACCCACUCUCUUCGAAAACCCAAACUUCCAAUCUCCAAACUUGCACAGACGACAGCUCCGGCUGGCCGUGGCAGCCAAAGUGCGAGAGAAGCAGAUGGUGAAAGAGAUCCAGAAGAAAAAGAGGACAGAAGCGAAGGAGGACAUCAACAACGACGUGACGGCUGAUGUCUUCGUUACCCCGGACGAGACGAAACCUGUUCACAUUCAGACGGAGCCGCCUGCGCCAAAAGUGGUGAAGAAGAACAAACACAAAGCUUUCAAGAGGCAGCGGAUGCAGAGGGGACGCAGAUAACUCCACGGAUUGGAUUCAUGUGAAAGGAUGAUUUACUGCUACCACAACCCACCAUUUUCCUCUUUCUUUUUUUUCAUUGGUGUCGUGUUGUGUUCAAUAAAAUGUGCAGAUAGUCUUUGAACGAUAAAAAUGUUUAAUUUACAAAACAAUAUUUACAAUGCUUUUUAAUAAAAAUACAUACUGCAAGACACAAAACUUGAUGUCAAUUUUUUUUCCCCCAUGUUAGGAAAAAAAUCCUUUUGUAGGUUUUCUCUGUAUUUGACAUUUCACCAGGAAUUCAGUUUGGAUAAUUUAAAUAUUUGCCCUACAUGGAACCAUAAAUAGAGAAGCACCAAUCAGUGGGUAAGAGAUUAUCUCCCAUGUGCUUACUUGAAAGGUGGGGGAAAAAACGUUCCUUUAAAUGCAUCAAAACUAUGACCACCAUGUACUUUUUUUCUCUUCUUUUUGGUAAAACAAGUAAUAAAAGGUGCAUAUCGUGUUUUGAUGCUGAAGUGGGGCGAAUCCUGUAGUUUCCUUAUUCUCUACUGUAUUGCAAACAACUGUUAGACUGCAGUAAAUGUUAGCUUAUUAUUAAAGGUUCAUGCCAUAAGGUUUUUUUUUUAUUCCUAAAAUAUAUUAGACACUUGUUUGGAAACUAACAUUUCAUUGCCAAGAAAACGGUUUAAAAGAAGCAACUUUUCAAUAAACCUGAGUUGGAAA